AUGUUCUCUGCAAAACCUUCUGCGCCAGCCGCCGGUGGGCUCUCUAUCAACACAUCCUCUGCUAAUUCUUUAUUCUCCAACACAUCAACGCCCUCUACAACACAACCUGCCAUAGCGGGUCUGUUUGAAAAUCAACAGAAGCCCGCCGGAAGCCUUUUUGGAAACCCGUCAUCAGGGACCACACAGACAAGCGGUGGAGGAUUAUUCGGCGGACAAGGCACAAACACGACGAGUACUACACAACAAAGCGGCAUGGCAAGCGGAGGCUUAUUUGGCAGCUCGACGGCCACGUCGCAACCGGCAAGUGGAGGUUUAUUCGGAAACACAGCGAAGCCUGCAACUCCCAGCGGUGGAUUGUUCGGGAACACAAACACACAACAGACAGGAACCGCCGGUGGAGGCUUAUUCGGUGCCACCAACACCCAGCAGCAGAAUACAAUUGGCGGCAGCAGUCUGUUCGGAGGAAACCAGGGAGCUACGGCUCAAACUCAAACAAAAUCACUUUUUGGCACAGCCCCAACUACUACGGGAAUGAGUCUUUUUGGUAAUACUCAGAAUGCAGCUCAGCAGCAGCAACAACAACAACAACAGCAGAAACCUACCCUAUCUAUCUUUGGAUCUCAGAAUACAACCACUCAACCGCCACAGGCAGCAGCAGCAGCAGCUCAAGGCGCCGUCGUGCAAGGGGUCAGAGUAGAUGCUAGCAAUCUUCUACCGACUACGAAAUUUGAGAGUUGCGCAGACGAGAUCAAGCGAACGAUAGAGCAGAUUGAUACAUAUAUUCUGAACCAAAUUAGCAUGUGCAACGAUGUUGCCGGUAUUCUACCAACAAUUGCGUCUCAAGGUUCGACGAUCCCGAACGAUGUCGAGUUUGUUGAAGGGAAGCUUGAAACCAUCCAGCUAGCUCUGGAGAACGAUGCUCGCGAAAUCGAUGCUGUGCGCAAUAUGGUGGCACGAAAUGCAGCAGAAGCCCAAGUCGGGUUCCGUGCGAUUGACAAUCUGAAACUGCCAUUGCAAUACCAAUCAACAGGCGGAGGCUGGUGGUCUGUUUCUGAGCAACAGUUAUCUGAGCGCCAGACACUACGAUCCUCCAUCAAAAAUCGAAAGAGCACCCUCGCGCUACCUGACGGUGUCGAAGGCGAUCCAUCUACUUCUGAUUCGAUCAAUGGCAUACCGACAAACUUGGUUGAAUACUUUUCUCACCGGUCAGACGAGAUGUCCACCGUCCUUGAAGGCUACAAGAAGAAUCUCAAAGAAAUCGAAGAUCAUCUCCAUGGUGUAGAGGGCUCACUCAACAGACAGAUCAAUGAAUUUCUCUCUUCUCGCAACCGUGACGACGGUAUACCAGGUGGCGCAGGUGCUAGAAAUCAACUGGCAGAUCUUGCUGCCGCUCUGGGAGACGUUGAAGCCGGUAUUCUAGGUGUCGCAAGCCGGCUGGGUGGUGUGAAGGAGGAAGUUCAGGAAUUGAUUCUUGGGCCACCGACUCUUGGGAUGGGGCGACUUGGAUAA